AUGGGUGGAUGGGGUGGAUGGCGCUGGAGGGGGGGGGGGGGGGGGGGGAGAGACGGGGGGGGUGGGGUUGGUUGGGGGGCAGAGGUGGGGGGGGGUGGGGGGGUGAGGUGGGGUCUGAGGGGGGGGGGUGAAGGGGGGGGGGGGGAGGGUCCUGGUCGGUGUGGGUGGGGUGGUAUUGGUGUGGGGUGGUGGGGGGAGGGGUGGGGGGGGGGGGGGGGGGGGGGGGGGGGGGGGGGGGGGGGGGGGGGGGGGGGGGGGGGGGGGGUGGGGGGGGGGGGGGGGGGGGGGGUGGGGGGGGGGGGGGGGGGGGGGGGGGGGGGGGGGGGGGGGGGGGGGGGGGGGGGGGGGGGGGGGGGGGGGGGGGGGGGGGGGGGGGGGGGGGGGGGGGGGGGGGGGGGGGGGGGGGGGGGGGGGGGGGGGGGGUGGGGGGGGGGGGGGGGGGGGGGGGGGGGGGUGCGGCGUUAA